AUGUAUCAAUUUUAGACAAUUCUUUUGGUUUAGUAAAGCAGGGAUGAAAAAAAUUUUAAAAACAUUAAAAUAUUCUUUUAAGAUUUCUUGUUGAUAUUAAAGUAUCUAUCUAUAGAUUAGAAUUUUUAGGAAGAUGUUUAGACUUUGAUGAAAAUACAUUAAAAAAAUUAAAAAUAAGUUUUAAGCUUUCAAGAAAGUUAAAAAAAUACAGUUUAAUCCCGGAUUGUAAAGAGCAUAGAAAAAAAUUGA